AUGCGUUUGUAUGGUGUCACGGCCGAAGGGCACAGUGCUGUUGUACAUGUCCACGGCUAUGAUCCAUACUUCUAUGUUCAGGCUCCAAAGGAAAUCAACGAAAAUAUCUGUCAAGAGAUUGCUGAAACUUUGAACCGAAGAAUGGCGGAACGUGUUGAUUCCUCGAAGAAGACAAGUAAUGGUCAAUACAUUCGGUACGUUGAGAUGGAAUACAAGCAAACAAUCUGGAAUUAUCGACAAGAGGACUUUGUCAAAUUUUUGAAGAUUUCAACUGUAUGGCCACAGCAUGUCACUACAGCUCGUUCAAUAUUGGAAAAUGGAAUUCAAAUAUCUAAUCUAGGGACUCGCACUUUCUUGACUUACGAAUCCAAUGUCGUUUUUGUCAUGCGCUACAUGGUAGAUGCUGGGAUCGUGGGUGCAAACUGGAUUACCCUCCCAGCAAACCAGUACCUAACGAGGUCGAAUCCAAACACGACAUGUCAAUUUGAAAUGGAUGUCAUGUGGCAAAAAUUGAUCAGUCACGAUCCAGAUGGAGAUUGGUUGAAGAUUGCUCCACUCAGAAUUUUGAGUUUUGAUAUUGAGUGUGCUGGAAGAAAGGGCUGCUUUCCAGAACCUGACAAGGACCCUGUCAUCCAGAUUGCGAACUGGGUUACUAUCCAAGGGAUGGAUACACCUAUUGUCAAAAAUAUUUUCACUCUGAAAUCUUGCGCUGCGAUAAGCGGUGCAGAAGUGCACUCAUUCGAGGAUGAAAGCGAAAUGCUCCAAGGCUGGAGGGACUUUGUCAUCGCUUGUGAUCCAGACAUAUUGACUGGAUACAACAUUGUGGGCUUCGAUAUUCCAUACCUCAUGGACAGAGCGAAAGCGCUGAAGGUCGCUUCAUUUCCCGUUUUGGGCAGAAUGAAAAAUAGCAAAACCAAGAUCAAAAAGACAACCUUUUCUUCAGCUCAGAUGGGAACAAGGGAGACAAAUGAAAUAUCAAUUGAUGGAAGGGUUAUCUUUGAUGUCCUCCAGGCAAUUCAACGCGAGUACAAGUUACAUUCAUACACUUUGAAUUCAGUUUGUGCCAAGUUUCUUGGAGAGCAAAAGGAAGACGUUCAUCAUUCAAUCAUCUCAGAUUUGCAGAAUGGAGAUGCUGAAUCGCGCCGUCGCCUUGCAGUAUACUGUCUGAAGGAUGCAUAUCUUCCUCAGCGUCUCUUGGACAAAUUGAUGUUCAUUUACAACUACGUUGAAAUGGCGAGAGUGACAGGAGUGCCCAUUGGUUGGCUCCUUGUUCGCGGACAGAUGCUCAAAGUUAUGUCUCAGCUACUGCGCAAGGCCCGUUCCAAGGGCCUACUGCUGCCAAAUUUGAAGGUAGAAUCCACCGACGAGAAGUUUGAAGGUGCCAUUGUUAUUGAACCCAAGAAAGGCUUCUACAGUGAUCCUAUUGCAACUUUGGACUUUGCUUCGCUUUACCCCUCUAUCAUGAUGGCACAUAACCUUUGUUAUUCUACUCUUGUCAGCAAAGAAGACUUGCGAACGAACAAAUUUAAUUUUACGCCGGAACAAAUUACUGUCACUCCACAUGGUGACACCUUUGUCAAGCCAAGCGUAAAGAAAGGCAUUCUUCCUGAGAUUUUGGAUGAGCUUUUGGCCGCCCGAAAGCGAGCGAAGGCUGAUUUGAAGAAAGCCACGGAUCCGAUCAUGAAGGCUGUUCUUGACGGACGGCAGCUUGCGCUCAAAGUCAGUGCGAACUCCGUUUAUGGCUUCACGGGAGCGCAAGUGGGUAAACUGCCUUGUCUGGAAAUCUCUUCCAGCGUCACAGCGUUCGGACGUGAAAUGAUUGAACUUACAAAAGCAAAAGUGGAGGCACAUUAUACCGUUGCCAAUGGAUACAAGCAUGACAGCGUCGUUGUGUAUGGUGAUACGGACUCCGUAAUGAUCAAGUUCGGUGAAAAUCGUGAAAGAUGGAUGAUUGACGAGACUAUGAAGCUUGCCCUGUCCGCCGCAGAUUUUGUCAAUACAUCUUUUGUAAAACCGAUUAAGCUAGAAUUCGAAAAGGUUUACUAUCCGUAUUUGUUGAUGAACAAGAAGCGAUAUGCUGCUCUUCUUUGGACGAAUCCGGACAAGUUCGAUAAGAUGGAUUGCAAAGGAAUUGAAACUGUGAGGAGAGACAAUUGUGGUCUUGUCCGAACCAUGGUGGACACCUGCUUAAAAACAAUUUUGAUGCAACGAGAUCCGAAUGCAGCUGCGGAAUACGUGAAGGGUGUGAUUCGUGAUCUUCUGAUGAACAAAGUUGAUAUCAGCGAGUUGAUCAUCACCAAGGCUCUACACAAGUCUGAAGAAGACUCAAAGAGCGCGCAAGCACACGUCGUCUUAGCUGCCAGGAUGAAGGAGCGAGAUCCAAACACUGCUCCUGUGCUCGGCGACCGUGUGCCCUAUGUAAUUAUCAAAGGUCCGAAAGGAGCGAAGGCCUUUGAAAAGGCUGAAGAUCCUAUCUUUGUACUGGAGAACAAUUUGCCUAUAGAUGUGCAGCAUUACCUAGACCACCAGCUUUCACAGCCCAUCCUGCGUUUAUUCGAACCUAUCCUGGAUAAACCUCAGUCUUUGCUUUCUGGAGACCACACUCGCCAGAUAUCUUUGUCCACCCCUACGACCGGUGGCUUGAUGAAAUUCGUCAAAGCCACCAAGACCUGCUUGGGCUGCCGCACUCCGUUGAAAGAUGAGCGAGCUACCGUUUGUGAACACUGCAAGCCCAAAGAGGUGUUGUUCAAGGUUGCCGUACGCAGCAUUGACAACUUGAACCACAUGCAAACUCAGUUCGCCAAGUUAUGGACUCAGUGCCAGCGGUGUCAGGGAUCUCUACACAUGGAAGUCAUCUGUACGUCAAGGGAUUGCCCCAUCUUCUACCGAAGGCGAAAGGCGCACAAAGACUUGAUCGAGGCUCAGAAGACGGCCGAAAGAUUCUCUCUCAGCUGGUAA